AUGCUCCGGCUCCUGAGGCUGCUGCUGUUGCUGCUGCUGCCUCCCCCGGGGUCCCCCGAGCCUUCCGAGCCCCCGGGCCUGGCCUCGUUGUCGCCGGGGGCGCCUCCCCAGGCUCCCGACUUGCUCUACGCGGACGGGCUGCGAGCCUACUCCGCCGGGGCUUGGGCGUCCGCGGUGGCGCUGCUGCGAGAGGCGCUGCGGAGCCGGACGGCGCUGGGCCGCGCGCGGCAGGACUGCGGGGCGAGCUGUGCCGCCGAGUCCGACGCCGCGCUCCCCGCCCAGCUCCUCGGCGACCCGCAGCCUGCCUCGGGGCCCGGGGCCUGGGAGCCGCUGCUCCUGCACGCCACGCUCCGCCGCGCCGAGUGCCUGACCCAGUGCGCGGCACGCAGGCUGGGCCCGGGGGGUACGGCGAGACUCCGAGUGGGGAGCGCGCUGCGGGAUGCCUUCCGCCGACGGGAGCCUUACAACUACCUGCAGAGGGCCUACUACCAGUUGAAGAAGCUGGACCUGGCAGCUUCUGCAGCACACACCUUCUUUGUGGCAAACCCAACACACUUGCAGAUGCGGGAAGACAUGGCUAAGUACAGAAGAAUGUCUGGGAUUCGACCCCAGAGCUUCCAGGAUCUGGAGACGCCCCUAUACUGGGCAGCCUAUGACACUGGCCUGGAGCUACUGGGGCAGCAGGAGGCAGCCCUGGCACUGCCCAAGCUAGAGGAGGCCCUCCAAGGGAGCCUGGCCCAUAUGGAGAGCUGUCGUGCAGGCUGUGAGGGGCCUGAGGAACAGCAGGGGCCAGGAGAGGAGGAGGAAGAAGGGAGCCAGGGGGGCCUGUAUGAAGCCAUUGCAGGACACUGGAUCCGGGUUCUGCUGUGCCGGCAGCACUGUGUGGCAGAUGCAGCCACCCGUCCUGGUCGCAGCUUCCCUGUCCCUGACUUCCUUCCCAGCCAGCUGAGGGGACUGCAUGAGGCCUAUGCUCAGGUAGGGAACGUGUCUAAGGCCGUGGAAAAUGCCCUGAGUGUCCUGCUCUUCUACCCAGAGGACGAGGCUGCCAAAAAGGCUCUGAAACAGUACCAAACUCAGUUGGGAGAGCCAAGACCCGGCCCGGGACCACGAGAGGACAUCCAGCGCUUCGUUCUUCGAUCCCUCGGGGAGAAGAGACAACUCUAUUAUGCCAUGGAGCACCUGGGCACCAGCUUCCAGGACCCGGAUUCUUGGACCCCAGCAGCAUUCAUCCCUGAGGCACUGAGAGAGAAGCUCAGAGAGGAUCAAGAGAAGAGGCCCUGGGACCAUGAGCCUCCACAGCCCAAGUCCAUGACUUACUGGAAGGAUGUCCUUCUCCUGGAGGGUGUAACCCUCACCCAGGAUGCCCAGCAGCUGAAUGGGUCGGAGCGAGCUGUGUUGGAUGGACUGUUAACUCCAGCUGAGUGUGGAGUUCUACUGCAGUUGGCCAAGGACGCAGCUGAGGCUGGAGCCAGGUCUGGGUAUCGGGGUCGCCGCUCACCUCACAGUCCCCAUGAACGCUUUGAGGGGCUCACAGUGCUCAAGGCUGCUCAGCUGGCCCGGGCUGGGACUGUGGGCAGGCCAGCUGCUAAGUUGCUUCUGGAGGCGAGUGAGCGAGUGCGGACCUUGACCCAGGCUUACUUCUCCCCAGAAAGGCCACUGCAUCUUUCCUUCACCCACCUGGUGUGCCGAAGUGCCAUCGAAGGUGAACAAGAGCAGCGCAUGGACCUGAGUCACCCAGUGCAUGCGGACAACUGUGUCCUGGAUCCCGACACUGGUGAAUGCUGGCGGGAGCCCCCAGCCUACACCUAUCGAGACUAUAGUGGACUCCUCUACCUCAAUGAUGACUUCAAAGGAGGCGACCUGUUCUUCACACAGCCCAACGCCCUCACUGUUACGGCUCAGGUUCGUCCUCGAUGUGGGCGCCUUGUGGCCUUCAGCUCUGGUGGUGAGAAUCCUCAUGGUGUAUGGGCUGUGACACACGGACGGCGUUGUGCCCUGGCACUGUGGCACACAUGGGCGCCUGAGCACAGGGAGCAGGAGUGGGUAGAAGCCAAAGAGCUGCUGCAGGAGGAAGGGGAGGAGGAGGAAGAGGAGGAAGAGGAAGAAAUUCUCAGCAGAGACCCUUCCCCAGAACCCCCAAGCCACAAGCUUCAGCGGGCCCAAGACAAGGCUGGGAAGCUACUCCGGGUCCGAGAGGAGCUGUGACUGGCUGAGCCAACUUCUUAGGGAUAUGGCCACUUGACUUGGGAAGGAACCAAUGCGAAGGCCUGUGUGACAUCAGGAACAGAGUAGUAGCAUGCCCUGUCUCUUCAGUCUACCAUCGUGGAGACCUACAAGGGCCACCAAGCCCUGGACUCAUAAGCUUACUACACAGACUUAGACUAGAGCCCAACAGGCCCAGAAGCCAGAUCUGGCCCAGGCUGAGGGACCUGCAGGGUCGCUAGGGCAGACAAAGAUCAUUAUGCCUCCCUGAAAGGCAUGGCAAGGAUUGAAGGCUAACUCCUAAUAAGGAAGACACAGAGGAGACAAUCCCAUCCUCUCCCAACCUGUGCAAUAAAGAACAUGAUCCCCA